AUGCCACCAGCAACUUCAGGAUGGCAACUUGUUUCACCUAAACAUCAACCUUCGGCGCGAGCUACGCUAGCAAUCCAGCUGGAAAUGUCAAGCCAUGCGUGCCGUCAAAACCAUUAUGAAAAACUACGGAAACAAGGUCAGUAUCCAGCUGAUGUUGACAUAAUACCAAAUUAUAUAUGCGUAAUCAACGAUCGACUAUUCGUUUCAAACAAUCAAGGUCAUGUCCGCUGCUAUACACUAGUAGGCCGCAAAUUAAAACUUCAUAAAAAAUUUGAACUGUCGGAGAUCAGAUAUCAUGUAUCAUGUGUCGCUGUAACAAAAGAUUUCAUCAUCGCUUACGAACGCGAUCAGCAGCACCAAGAUAAAAAUCUUACAGUAAAAGAUCUCUCUAUUCAUGGUCAUGGUGGCAAAUUUAUGAAUAAAUUUGAAUUUUGUGAUCUGCCAAAUCAGAUCACGGCUGACAGUAGCACCAAAAAUUACAUCUGGGUAUGCAGCCACGUGAAUAAUCAGUGUCGACUAUAUAAUAUACACGGUUCACCAUACAUGUUGGAACUACUGAAAGAGCUGAAGAGGGAUAUUUCUCCUUAUGAUAUUAGUACGUCAAAUUCUCGAUAUUUAACAGUUAUGUUCAGCAAAUAUCUGCUGCAGUUGAUCAAUCGGCAAGACUACUCAUUGUAUGCCGAAAUCAGUUUGGAAAAGUUUACUCGUCUCGGUACCGAACACACAUCGAAAAUUUAUUCUGUGCUGUUAGACAAUGAACAGUUUCUUCAUAUUAAAUACGCUUCAAAUCCGAAUGGCAAAGACAGUGAACGGGAAAUCAUCAUUGUGGACUUGAGCGACCCAGAACAACCAAAACUAAUAAAUCGCUUGACCACUGAAAACCAUUAUGGCAUAGCCCUUAGCUCAUCGGCGCCUCCGCAACUAAUAAUCGGACAAAAAUGGAAGCAACAAGGCAAAUUAAUCGUCUACUGA